AUGGAAACAGAUCAUUUACUCAACAACAGACAAAAUGAACUUUACAGCCAGAUAUUUGAUAAAGAAGAUGCUAAUGAAGAUGAUAACACAGUUCAUUAUGAAGAGCAAGAUAUUAGCAAUGUACUUUAAAAUCAAUUGGGAGAAUAAUUUAGACUUAGUACGAAUUCAAUUAGGUAAAUGUAAAAUGAAGAAAUUAACCCUAAAGCUCUUGGAGGUAUAAGCAUUAGAAAAAGUUAAAGAAAUGUUGAUAGAGGCUCUGAUGCACCACCAGGAGUUUCAAUUAAUGUUUAAGAUAGCCCAGAUAAGCAAAAAUUGAAAGUUUAAAACUUAUUUGGCAAGGCAAGGACUGGUUCUAAGAGUAGAGACUCUGUAAGAUCAGGUGAAAACUUGGAAGGAUAGGUGAGAAAACAGAAAACAGAGAGAGAGUUUGAAAACAGAUGUCUCAGAUUACUGAAAAUAGAGGACUGGCAAUCUCUUGACGAACUUGCUUCUAAAUAUCUUGAGGAGACACAUGGAACAACAUUCAAGGGCUUGUUUUACCUUGGAGUAAGCUUGUAUAAACAAGGAGAUUAUGAAAAUGCUAUAAGAGCAUUUUAAAAAGCAGAGGAAAUUAAUUCAGAUGAUGCAUAACUCUAAUAUAACCUUGGUCUAGCUUAUUUUAAGUUAGAAUAAUAUAACUAAUGUGUGGACCAUUUGAAGAAGUGUACGAAGCUAGAUGAAAGUCACAUAUAUGCUUACAAUAAUCUAGCAUUUCUCUUUAACAUGCAUUAAUUCUAUUCAGAGACGAUAUAAGUCUGUGGCCAAGCUAAAAUGAAUAACCCAACAAAUCAUAAUUGUCACCGCCACUGGGCUUUUGCUUUGUUUAAAAAAGGGGAAUUCGCCAAAGCAAUAAAAAAGAUAAAAAAAGGAGUAUAAAAGAAUCCCAUUGAUCCAGAAAAUUGGAUUAUUUGGGGCUUAAUAUUAAGAACAGUAGGAAAUUAUGUUAGUGCUAAACAUAAGUUUAAGAAAGCUUUAAAAUUAGAUAAAGAAAAUGAAACAGCUAAGGAAGAGUUAUCAAUAGUAGAUAGAAUUAUUGAGCUAGACAAAUAAAUACCUUUGGAAGCAGUUCCAAGUCUAAAAAGAAAUAAUCCCAAAAAAGGAAUAAUAAAGGAUGGACUUGGAGGGGAGUCUGGUUGCGCCAGAUAAUGCCAUUACAAAAACUGCUCAAUAUUUUGA